UCUGAAAGAGAGAUGAGGGGAGAGCAGGUAGGUACCCAUGCAGGAGAGAAAUAUUCUGGUUGAAUGAAUGGUGGGCCCCAAGCUUUUGGAUCACGACGAAUGUUCUUAGUUACUGGAUGGUAAAACCAGAAUUUAGUAGUAUUAUAGGGUGGGAACAACCAGAGUUCUCCAAAAUCCAAAACAAAGGGAUAACAAUAUUAAUUGCUUUAUUUUUCUUCAAGGAAUCACGUAUCAUCAAUCUCUCUCUAGAUGCUUACACUCCCACUCAGAAGCUAUUCUCUUCCUCCUAUCGUGGACUGCUAUAAAUACCUUCCAUUCCCUCCACCUUUCCCUUCAAGUCUUGUUCAGCUUCCUUAAUUAAUUACCUUUUUGUUUGAGUAUACUAGUCUUUCAACCAUCAUGGACUACAGAGUUGAGUCUUCAGAAACUCUGAGGAACAAGUGUGCGGCAUGCUACAGACAAUUCAACAAAAUCGAGCACUUAGUGGAGCACAUGAGAACCUCAUAUCACUCAGCUCAUGAACCCACAUGUGGAAUCUGUAAGAAACAUUGCAGAUCCUUUGAAUCUCUCAGGGAACAUCUUAUAGGGCCAUUGCCAAAACAAGAAUGCAGGAAUAUAUUCAGCACCAGAGGAUGCAAAUUCUGCUUAGCUAUCCUUGACAGCCCUUAUGCUCUCAGGGUUCACCAGGACAGAUGCCAACUCUCUGGUGUAAAUGCUGGCCUACUUGGUCGCUUUGCUAAUUUGGGCAUUCGUGACAAUACUGAAAAUGGUAGCACAAGAGGCACCCAAGUUGUUGCACUUGCUUGCAAAAUGGUUGGUGGGGGCAGUGACGGCUCCCUGGAUCUCUGUGCAAAGGUCUGCCUCAUCGACGAAUACGAAAACAUCAUCUUCCAGUCUUAUGUCAAGCCACUACUUCCAGUCACAAACUAUAGGUAUGAAACAACUGGCAUUCGUCCUGAAUACUUAAGGGAUGCAAUGCCUCUGAGGCAAGUGCAAAAGAAGAUUCAAGACUUCCUCUGCAAUGGGGAACCAAUGUGGAAGAUUCGACCUAGAGGCGGAAAAGCUAGGAUUCUUGUGGGCCAUGGUUUGGAUCAUGAUCUUGACUCUUUGCAGGUGGAAUAUCCACAAGUAAUGAUCAGGGAUACUGCAAAAUACCCUCCAUUGAUGAAAACAAGCAAGCUCAGCAACUCACUCAAGUAUCUAACACAAGCAUAUCUUGGGUAUGACAUUCAAACUGGCAUUCAAGACCCUUAUGAGGAUUGUGUUGCAACAAUGAAGCUCUACAUGAGAAUGCGAUCCCAAGUUCACAAGACAGAGGCUUACCCACUAGCUUCUGACCCACAGAACAGGAACAACUUUGCAUCGUGGCGCCAAAAUGAGCUCGAGAGGAUGAACCCAGAACAAAUGCUGGAAGCCUCAAGGUCUGAUUACUAUUGUUGGUGUCUGGACUCCAGGGAUAUGUAGUGCCUGAAAGUGAAAGGAGGCUAUAUGAAAAUAAUAAGGAGAAUGGUAGAUGAUCCUACAAGCUAGUUGUUUUUACCUACGUAUAAAUAAUUAAUGUUUAGAAAUAACUUCAAGAUCGAUGGAAAUAUAUACAUGUUAUAUUAUUUCCAUUUGAUCCUAUUUAGUCACAUCUUGUUCACCAAAUUGUUGGACUAUGCGUGAAUUUAUAUAUAUAAGAGUGCUGCUAAACAAACCGUAAAAUUAACUGAGCACACCCUACUAUCAAACUAUUUAUUGAAUUACUAAUUUAUUCUAUUAUAAAAUGACCGAAAAGAAUAUAUUGAAUUGUGAAUGAAAUGUAAUGUUAAUAAGUACACCCUACCCUACUCACCAUAUUCAACCCUAAUUCAGAAAUCUAUCUCAAAUGAAAGUUAUUUCAGGCAAUUUCAUAAUUAAAAAAAAUAUAUAAAGAAGGCAAAAACACAAUACAAUAGGCAUCUUGAUUCUUCUAUCGUCAUAUAUGGCCAGCAUAUACAUAGUUCAUCAACAAAUGUAGGCAAUUCCCACAGAGUAGUAAAAGAAAAUCAUGCAAGCAGAUAAGCUCUCAAAAAUUUCAAAUCUUACAAUCAGGAGGAGAAAAUCGCACAAUGGUAUUCGCCCCUACUGCUCAGAGAACUUUUUAAGCUAUAUAUAUAUAUAGUCCCUUUA